UAUCUCUUUUGUAUUAGAAAGUAAUGUCACACUUGCAGAUAUGGCCAUUAGGCUAGCAACUAUGGUGGCUUUGCCACUUUGUAAGAGUAGCCAAUAAGCUUACCACGGCUCCACCUUUUUCUGCAUAUAAAUCAAUUGCAAAGCCCCAAACUCCAGGCAUUAGAACCAGCACACACUACACCAAAACAGUUUGCUCCCAUACACGAGAAAAUGAGUUUCAAACCCUCUCACUACCUCACUCUCUCCAUCUUCUCCCUGACAACAUGUCUGUAUCCAUUCACUUAUGCCCAAAUGUAUCCGUUUCCUUACUCUUCUGGCCAACUUAAUUACAACUUUUACGAUAUGUUGUGCCCAAAGCUGCCAAUGAUCGUCAGGUAUGGCGUUAUGGCAGCUUUGAAGGAUGACACCAGGAUGGCUGCAUCGCUCCUUCGAAUGCACUUUCACGAUUGUUUCGUAAAUGGCUGUGAUGGUUCCUUGCUUCUUGAAGACACGAAAGAUUUCAAGGGAGAGAAGAAUGCUUUUCCCAACCGAAAUUCCAUCAGAGGGUAUAAAGUCAUUGACAAAAUAAAGGGGGAUGUCGAAAAAGCUUGCCCUUCAACUGUUUCAUGCGUGGAUAUACUGACUCUAGCAGCAAAAGAAGCUGUUGUUCAGUCAGGUGGAAACCAGUGGCCGGUUCUGUUAGGCCGGAGAGAUGGAUUAACCGCGAGUGAGAAAGCUGCCAACGAGCAGAUACCGUCACCUUUUGAGCCUUUAGAAAACAUCACUGCCAAAUUUGCAGCAAAUGGCCUUGAUUUUAAAGAUGUAGUAGUUCUCUCAGGAGCACAUACUCUUGGCUUUGCUCAAUGUUUCACAUUCAAGAGACGAUUAUUCAACUUCAAAGGCUCUGGAAACCCUGAUCCAACUCUCGAUUCUUCGCUUCUCUCAAGCCUAAGAACCACUUGUCCUAACGUAGAUAGUUCAAACACCAACCUAGCUCCUCUGGACUCUACUUCAUCUAUGUUUGACAACGCGUUCUACAAGAACCUGAUGAGCAACGCAGGACUUCUCGAAUCAGAUCAAGCUCUGAUGGGGGAUCAGAGGUCUGCUGCAAUGGUGAAUUCUUAUUCCAAGUACCCGUAUCUUUUCAAUAAGGAUUUUGGAGAGUCAAUGACAAAGCUUGGAAAUAUAGGGGUUCUGACAGGGCAAGUUGGGGAAAUUAGGAAGAAAUGUGGCUUUGUAAACUGAAGUUAGCAGGCAGCUUCUCUGCCGCUUGGCUAUGGACUGCACCUUGUGCGAUCAGGCCAUUUGAGAUCUCGUUUUGGGUCCAAUUCAAUGAUUGGAGUCGUUUAUAUCAUAGAGCUUGUCCAGUGGAAAGACCAUGCAAAAAAUGCAAAAAAUCAGGUUGAUUGAAUACCGAUCAAUACCUGAUUAGACCAUAUUUAUCCUGAACAAAAUGAGUUUUCACACUGGAUUACAACUUAAAGAACCCAUUUUUGUCAAGAUAAAUGUGCUCUGAUAAGAUAAUAGCCAGGAUCUUAUCAACUUGAUUAUUUAUGUGGUUGUCUUACUUGACGAGCCCUACAACAUAAACGAGUCCGCUCAUGAAAUUAUAUUCAAAUAUGGGAUCGGAAGUGACCGGGCUGCACUAGCUGCAGUCCUCUGUCAAACGGCAAAGAAGCCGCAUCAGGAAAAAAAUAAAAAAUAAAAGGACUUAAAGUUAGUUAUGAUUUCUGGCUGUAUGGAAACCUAUGGAUACAUGAAUAAAACUGAAUGUUGUGUGCUCAAA